CUCAACCUCAUCGCCACCACCACGCACACAAUGCGCAGCUCAAUACCCCGCCUUUUGAAAGCGACCCGCUGCGCGCGCGUUUCCCUCGGCGCGCCCACCCCGCCGUCGGGCGCGGCAUGCUCCGGCGCGCCGGUCGGUCCUGGAAACGCGGCGCUCGCGCCGGUCCGGUACCAUAUCUUCGACGAACCGCUGCCAUACCCAGUCGGCCUGCGCCUGCAGCAGCGCGUUAUCGAUGCGCGGUUGGCGGCGCGCAAGGACGACCCGAAGGCGGGGAAGCAGGACGUGUUGUUCCUCCUUGAACACACCCCGACCUACACCACCGGCAGGCGGGACAACACGCCCAACCCCGAAGAACUACACCCCGAGGAGAAAAAGGUCCAGAACGUCGGUGCCGAGUUCUUCAUCACCAAGCGUGGCGGACAGGUGACGUACCACGGCCCCGGGCAGCUCGUGGGCUACCCCCUCCUCGACCUCAACGCGAUGGAGACGCCGACGCGCUGCUACGUCGAGUACCUGCAGGCUUUGUUGGGCGAGUACGCUACCAGCCUCGGGCUCGAGGUGCAUGCGCCGCAUCCGGACGGCCAUGUCGGCGUAUUCUCGUCGACGACAGAGAAGGUCGCGUCCAUCGGCAUCCACCUCCGCCACAGGAUCACGUCGCACGGCUUCUCGAUGAACGUGACCACCGAGCCGAAGGCAUGGUUCGACCUCGUGACCGCGUGCGGGCUGGACGACGUGCACGCGGUCGGGCUGACCGAGCUGCUCGCGCGCGCCGGCAAGCCGGCCGACCUUAGCGUGCGCGGGGUCGCCGAGGCGCUCGUGCCGCGCUUCGCGGCGACGUACCAGCGCGAAUUCCUCCCGCUGGCCCUGGAAGGCGACGACGAGGUGCGCGGGAUCCAGCAGAUCGUCAAGGAGACGGAGGAUGAGGCGAGGGAGAUUAACGCCAAGGCUGGGGGAUGGUUGAGCAAGCCUGAUGUCAGCCGGCAGGUGGCGUAGGGGCUAGCGACGUAGGGCUAGUGGUCUGUAGUAGCAUCUGCAUGUGUCAAGGAG